CGUCGUAACCAGCAGAUCAAUAUAGUGUUGGUGUGAUUGAGCAAGAAUAUAAGUUGGAGUGUAGAUAGGACCUACAUUUUAACAUUUAAAAUGGGUUCGUUAUUUAGAAGUGAAGAAAUGACUUUAUGUCAGUUAUUUCUCCAAAGUGAAGCAGCGUAUGCUUGUGUUUCGGAGCUAGGUGAACUUGGUUUAGUUCAGUUUCGUGAUUUGAACCCUGAGGUGAAUGCAUUCCAGAGGAAGUUCGUUAAUGAAGUGCGACGCUGCGAUGAGAUGGAGCGAAAACUUCGCUAUUUGGAGAAGGAAAUCAAGAAAGAUGGCAUUCCUAUGCUGGACACCGGGGAGAACCCUGAAGCUCCACAACCUCGGGAGAUGAUAGAUCUGGAGGCCACUUUUGAAAAACUGGAAAAUGAGCUGCGGGAAGUAAACCAGAAUGCUGAAGCUCUGAAGAGGAACUACUUGGAGCUCACAGAACUGAAACAUAUCCUCCGGAAAACACAAGGCUUUUUUGAUGAGGCAGAGCUAGGGCUGACAGUCCACUGUGCGGACGCAGGAAUGGGCGACGAACGUCAGUCAUUGCUGGGUGGAGACGCUCUGCGGGCCGGCGGGCAGCACCUCAGACUAGGUUUCGUAGCGGGUGUGAUUUUGCGCGAACGCAUCCCUGCGUUUGAGCGCAUGCUGUGGCGCGCCUGCCGAGGAAAUGUUUUCCUGCGACAGGCUGAGAUUGAGAACCCUCUAGAGGAUCCCUCAACAGGUGACCAAGUUUACAAGUCUGUGUUCAUCAUAUUCUUCCAAGGAGACCAGCUGAAGACCCGUGUGAAGAAGAUCUGUGAGGGGUUUAGGGCCACUCUGUACCCUUGCCCCGAGGCACCUGCCGAUCGCAGAGAGAUGGCUAUGGGCGUCAUGACCAGAAUAGAAGAUCUCAAUACAGUACUGGGACAAACUCAGGACCAUCGACACCGUGUGCUGGUGGCUGCGGCAAAACACAUCAAAAACUGGUUUGUCAAAGUUCGGAAGAUUAAGGCGAUCUACCACACGCUCAACUUGUUCAAUCUGGAUGUGACACAGAAGUGUCUGAUAGCCGAGUGCUGGGUGCCUGUGUUGGACAUAGAGACUAUCCAGUUGGCUCUGCGGAGAGGAACGGAAAGGAGUGGCAGUUCAGUUCCUCCUAUACUCAAUCGAAUGGAUACCUUUGAAGACCCACCUACGUACAACCGAACAAACAAGUUCACUCAUGCCUUUCAAGCCCUCAUAGAUGCCUAUGGAGUGGCCAGCUAUCGGGAAGUUAACCCAGCUCCCUACACCAUCAUCACAUUCCCAUUUCUCUUCGCUGUCAUGUUUGGGGACUUUGGUCACGGGUUGCUCAUGGCUCUCUUCGCUGCCUGGAUGGUCCUCAAGGAGAAGCCUCUUGCCGCUAAGAAAUCCGAUAAUGAGAUCUGGAAUAUUUUCUUUGGUGGGCGUUAUGUCAUCUUGUUGAUGGGACUAUUCUCCAUGUACACUGGAUUCAUCUACAACGAUGUGUUCAGCAAAUCAUUCAACAUCUUCGGUUCCCAUUGGUCUGUCGUCUACGGUGGUCCCACCUUGAUGAACAAUAAACUUCUGGAGAUGGAUCCAAACGAAGCUUACCAGGACACACCUUAUCCCAUUGGCCUGGAUCCUGUAUGGCAGAUUGCAGAGAAUAAAAUCCGUUUCCUGAAUGCGUACAAGAUGAAGAUCUCCAUCAUCAUCGGAGUGAUUCACAUGUUGUUUGGGGUGUCCCUCAGUGUCUGGAACUACACAUACUUCAAGAAGCAACUGAAUGUCUACACCAUGUUUUUGCCCCAGGUCAUUUUUCUGGUGUUCCUUUUCUUCUACAUGGUCCUGCUCAUGUUCAUCAAGUGGAUAAUUUAUGGACCCAAGAGACCAUUUGUGACAAGUCCAGCUUGCGCUCCUUCCAUCCUUAUAACAUUCAUCAACAUGGUGCUAUUCAAAGAUAGCGAGGCAGCCGAAAAUUGCGUCAGUGUCUGGAUGUACCCUGGACAGAAAUACAUCCAAUACCUGCUAGUACUCAUCGCUCUGGCUUGCGUUCCAUGGAUGCUGAUAGCCAAGCCGUAUCUGAUCAUGCAAGAGCAGAAGAAACAACACCAUCUGCUGAGCAACCACCAUGGUGGGGGUGAGAACGGAGACAUUGAGGGUGGUGUGGUGUCCCAGCAGCAGCAGCCCCCACCUCACACUGAAGAGGAAGAAGACAUAACCGAGAUGUGGAUCCAUCAGGCCAUCCACACAAUAGAGUAUGUCCUAGGAUCUGUGAGCCACACGGCCUCGUACUUGCGGCUGUGGGCUUUGUCACUCGCACACGCCCAGCUGUCAGAAGUGCUGUGGAACAUGGUGAUGAGCAGUGGGCUCAAGUCAGAGAACUGGAUGGGUGGUAUAGUGUUGUGGGCCGUCUUUGCCUUCUGGGCAGUGCUCACCAUCGGCAUCUUGGUGCUGAUGGAGGGGCUCUCUGCGUUUCUGCACACUCUGCGUCUUCACUGGGUGGAAUUCCAGAGCAAGUUCUACACGGGUACCGGCUAUGGCUUCCUCCCGUUCUCCUUCGAAGCAAUCCUGGACCAGGCAUCUCAUUCUGAAAAUGAAUAAGCUAACCUGAAUCUCAUCACGUCGUCGUUGCAUUUAUGCCAUGAACUGUAUACAAUUUGGUUACUAUUAUCUUAAGGUUAAUUUUAUUCACUUAGAAUUUAUCACUCAUUUAGGGUUGCUACUUAAAACGUAGGAAGGAAAGGAAUAUUGAUCAAUUACACAUUAUAUUGAUUGUGAUAUUAUGACUUAUGAAUCGUUAUGGGGAUAAAUAACAGUGUUAUUUGCAUUUGCAUAUUGUAGCAACCUUACAAAACCCUGUGAAAUUUGAGUUAUUAUUUUCUUAUCAGUUGUAGAAUUAUAAAAUUUAUAUAUAGGAUAUAGAAUCAUACAUAUAUUUCAAUGUUAUAAAAUAUAUAGUAGAAGGAUAAUUGGUUAUGUAUAAUAGACUCUUGCAUAUUUGGCACUUAGUUAAUGGAUUGAUGAUGAGAAUCUCUGGAAAAAGUACGAUCUGGAUUAAUGACAACUUUCGAUUGAUUAAACUCGGUUUGCCUAAUUUAUUUUGAUCAGUUAUUGUUUUAUUAGCAAUUAUGAUGCUACCAAUAUUGAAAGAACGCCAAAACAUUUAAACUUCAAAAAAUAACGUUUCAUUAUACUUCUAUUUCGCAAUGAACACAAAUAGCAUUAGUCAUUAGUGUCAAAUUCUAUUGGUUGAGUUACUUUGACACACCAAAUCUAGAUUUGUGUACGUGACAUUCCUCUUUACUGGCAUUUUCUGUUGUUGUAUUUUGCUCUUAUGUUGAGGAAAUAGUCAAAUAAUCAAGAGUCUAUUGCAGAUCGUGCCCCAUUACAAUACCUGUUACAGGCUUCCUUUAUAUCUACAGCAUUAGAGUACCCCAGAUCUCAUUAUGGGUCGUCAUCAUGGGGAAGUAAAACAUGAUUGUUUUUACCACAUUGUUGUAUCAACUUGUGAAUAGCUGUUACAAUGCUGUAUUUCAUUGGAAGCAUAUCGUAUACAAUGGAACCUCAAUGACAUAAAUCUCAAGCAGCUGAUGGACUUCUGUUACUGGUAACAAAUAAUUUGUGACAAGGUCCAUGUUACUGAAGGUAAUACAGCAAGCUAAACUGUAAUACUCACUGAAUACGGCCCCACCAAACUGAUUUGUUAAACAUUUUAACAUGAGACUUUUAAUAAGAUAGGACGAGCAGGCUGACCUUUACCAGAUUAGAAGGAUCUUCCUCUUCUUCUUCACAGAGACUUUAAAAAGAACUCACAAAAAUGGGAUAUUUCGUAAGAUGUGAAGCAACCAAGGAGAAUUUUUCUGUGGUAGACAAAGUGGCCAGUGGUUACGAAAUAUCUCAUUUUUGUGAGUUCUUUUAAAUGUCUCUAUGAAGAAGAAGAGGAAGGAUCCUUCAAUCUGGUAAAGGUACGUCCAUUCUCUUCCAAUGCUUUAUUAAACUCUCAUUUUAUAACUUGGUUUUAAUUCUUUAAAAGUUGACUCAUUUUUGGGAAUUAUGUGUAAAAAAACCCACAAUUUAAUGGGUGUCAGUGCCAAUAAGGCCAAGCCAUUUUUCAGCCUUAGAACCAAUUUUAAAAAUUACCUUUUCAUCAUAAAUUAAUGUAUUUCACAUAUAUUUCUUUGUAAUGAAGUGGGCUUUGAAGUAAAACUAUUACUUUUUCUGAUAUUGCUUUAAAAAAUAAAUAGUGGAAGUAAAAGGAUUUUAUGAUUAAUAUAUUAUAAUAAAUAUUAAAUAUCGCUUUAUGGGACUUUUACGUAAAAAGUAUGUUAGCACUUUUUCUUGUUUCAUGAAGUAGUUUCUAUGUUCCAUUACAAGGUUCAUAGCAUUUGACAAAACUCCGCCUUAAAAUAAAGUCAUUUUUAAUUUUAUUUAUUUGGUAUUUUAAUAAUAAUCCAGUAAUAAGAAAAUUUGACAGGUGUCUAUUACAGCUAUCGGCUAAACAGUUGAUUGUAAUGUAGAAUUCUAAAUUCAAUAUUACACUAUGUAUUGAUAUCUUAGUUUUUAAAGCAGUUAUAAUAAUUUCAUCUAUUAUGUUGUUAACUUAUUUACAGUAAAAAAAAUGAAACUUCCUUGGUUAAAGGAACAGACAAAUGUUAACUGAUUUUUACAAACAUUUUAUAUAUCAUAAUCAUCAUGGUAACAUUAUUAUUCACCGUUAUAUGUAUAAAUUAACAUAUAACAUUUUUUGUGGUUUCAAGAUUUUAAUUAUUGAAACUUUUUGUUAUUUUUUUCCUCAAGGGAGUUGAGAUUUUUUUGUGUUCAUGGAGAUUGAGACAAAUUUUGUUGCUGAAGAAUUGAUGGAAUUGAGGUUCAUGUUAUCUGGGUUCGAUUUUGUUUAGUUAUUUUUACUGUUUUACUGUUACUAUCUAUAAAUAUAGAUACAUUUUUAUAUACACCCAAAUGAAUUACCUAAUCAUACUCGGUAAGUUUUUUUAUUUACGUAUAUUGAAUUGUGAUUCAUUUUGGUACAAGCAUAUAUUUUGUAGUUUGUUUAAUUUUGGUACAACUGUAUGUUUUAUAGAUCAUUUUGUUAUACAUUUAAACAUUUACUUGUUAAGGAUAUAAACUUAACAUUACUAUUGCUCUCACUAACAAGUGCAUGAUCAUUUUACUGUUAUUACUGUGUUAUAAUAUAAGAAAUCUUUAGUUUUAACAAGCAAUUAAUUGUUUAUUGUAAUUGAUUCUAGAACUCGAAGACUCUCUGAAUAUUUAACUAAGUUUUUGUUUCUAUUGUCUAUAAAUGUUCUUAGAUUCUCUCUUAAUUAAUUGUGAAGAUCAGUGGUAUUCAUUUGUUUAUAUGACAUCAUUAUUUAUCCUAUAUAAAAUUUAUUCUUUUUGAAGUA